AUGUCGACAUCGUGUGGAAACCCAGCAGUAGAGAAAGACGCUGAAAUGACCCGUCGACCAAAGUUCGACAGAUCAAAACAAUGCGUCAAGUGUAAAGAGCAACGAGGAAAUAUAGUCAUUCGACAUGCUGUUUAUUGCAAACAGUGCUUCUUUCCCCUCAUCGUCACCCGAUUCAAAAAGACGUUGGAGCCUGUCGUAAACCCAAAGCCGGAUGGGCCACGGAAGAAAGCCCUCAAAGCGAAUGGAAGUUUGGUCAUUGGGUUCUCGGGAGGGCUGGGAUCUUCAGUCCUGUUGGAUCUUGUGUCGAAGACCUACUUUUCUGGACCUCCUACGACAACGAAAGAGAAUGGACAAAUGAGGGGUGGCGCCGCUCAUCCAAAGAAUCGGACAGGUGCUGACUCCGGGGUAUGGAAAGGAAAGCCUGCAGUAUGUUACGUCGAGCUUGCGAGCGUGAUUCCCGAGGGAAAGGACAAGACUGAAGAAGUCCGUAAAACUGUACAAAGGUACUCCGCGAGCGAUGGGUUUGAAUUCGAAUUCGUCCCCCUUCGGAUUGAAGACGCGUUCGAUGAUACUUGGUGGGCAAGAUUCGGGGGCAUUGAUCUAUCAACCGCAGCGCGAUCGUACGGGGCUGACAUUGCAGAUGAAUUGCUACCAUUGUCCGAGAUACCCUCCAGUUCUUCAACUCCAUACACCCCUGUUCAGGCCCUACAAACAUACCUCAGCUAUCUCCCGACCCCGACGGCCAAAGAGAGUGCCAUUCAGACGUUGACCCGAUUGCUACUGCUCCAUGUUUCUGCUUCCCGUGAUGCCUCGCAUCUGUUGCUCGGGACCUCCCUGACAACGCUAUCCGUUAACCUCAUCGCAGGCAUUUCCCAAGGGGCCGGCUUCUCUGUAUCAGAGGAAUCUUUCGAAGAAUGGUCAUACCCUACCAUUCAGAGAGCAGACUCUCCUUCCAUAGAGAAGACAAGACCCUCCAAAGUCCGGAUAGUGAGGCCUCUUCGUGAUAUCGGAAUCAAGGAGUGUGGAUUCUGGAUGUGGUGGUCCGGCCUACCCUUGGUUGGCGAGAAACGACUUUCUUCGGGCCGCCAGAGCAUCGUGUCACUAACUCGGGACUUCAUCAUGGGUCUUGAGCAAGAUUACCCAUCCACUGAGUGGAAGGCGCAGAUAUCCAUUCGCUCAUAUACCGACGAAACUUUCGCGGCUGCUGGUCACCCUCUUCCCCCACACCUUGAAGAUUUCCCUCCUGCACCCACCUCAUCUGUUGACCCCCCGCCUCACAUCGCAUCCAGGCUUUGUUACGCCUGUCAUACCACACUCACGAGUCGGAGCAGCAGGGGAAAUCCUGGGCGUGACGGCCUCUCAAACGUGGUACCGCUUCCUACAUGGUCCCGGGCGAGUUUGGAUGUCAGCGGGGUGUCGAUCACCCGAAAGCUGGGGGAGAAAGAGAUGAUGUCACAGAUUCAGGACUACCUGCUAGAGGAGUAG